GCUGAUGUCAUAAAAGCCGCGCUCCGGGAAACGCCAGUCGCAGGCGUGCCGCUGAGGAGUGAGGAUGGCGUCUAGUGGCCAGCGUCCGGAGCACGGCGGACCCCCGGAGCUGUUUUAUGACAAGAAAGAAGCCCGGAAAUACGUUUGCAACUCCCGGAUGAUUGACAUCCAGACCCGGAUGGCUGGGCGAGCACUGGAGCUUCUCUAUCUGCCGCGGAAUAAGCCCUGUUACCUGCUGGAUAUUGGCUGUGGCACUGGACUGAGUGGAGGCUACCUCUCAGAUGAAGGGCACUAUUGGGUGGGCCUUGAUAUCAGCCCUGCCAUGCUGGAUGAGGCCGUGGACCGAGAGGUAGAGGGAGACCUGCUUCUGGGGGACAUGGGCCAGGGCAUCCCUUUCAAGCCAGGCACAUUCGAUGGUUGCAUCAGCAUUUCUGCUGUGCAGUGGCUCUGUAAUGCUAACAAGAAGUCUGAAAACCCUGCCAAGCGCCUGUACUGCUUUUUUGCUUCUCUUUUUUCUGUUCUUGUCCGGGGAUCCCGAGCUGUCCUGCAGCUGUACCCUGAGAACUCAGAGCAGUUGGAGCUGAUCACAACCCAGGCCAUAAGGGCAGGCUUCUCCGGUGGCAUGGUGGUAGACUACCCCAAUAGUGCCAAAGCAAAGAAGUUCUACCUCUGCUUGUUUUCUGGGCCUUCGACAUUUAUCCCACAGGGGCUGAGUGAAAAGCAGGGAAAAGAUGAGCCCAUGGAGUCCAUGUUCACCAAUGAGAGGGUCCCAUUCAGGUUGUUGAGGCGGGCAAUGGUGAGGAAGAGCCGGGCGUGGGUGCUGGAGAAGAAGGAGCGGCACAGGCGCCAGGGCAGGGAAGUCAGACCUGAUACCCGGUACACCGGCCGCAAGCGCAAGCCGCGCUUCUAAGUCAGCACGCGGUUCUGGACAGGCGCUUGCCUCCGUAGUUUUCUAUACUGAAGUGUUCCGCUGACAAAGUAGUAUUUUAGAAAAGUUCUAAAUGUUUCCUGCAGUAAAAAAAGUUCUCUGGGCUGGGCAUGGUGGCUCAUGCCUGUAAUCCCAGCACCUUGGGAGGCUGAGGCGGGAGGAUCAUUUGAGGCCAGGAGUUUUAGACCUGCCUGGGCAACAUAGUGAGACCUCGUUUCUAGGGGCAAAAAAAAAAUAUAUAUCUCUUUGUUUAAAAGCAAGAAGUAAAAAUUCCUUUUG